GGGCUGUGGAGGUUACUCGCCGGGCCGGAGGCGGAGGCCGGGCUCCCACUGGGCUCGAGCGUUCUGCGCCCGCCGCGGCGGUGUCUAACCCACUGGUUCCAGAUUGUCGUCUGCGGCGGUGGCGGUCGCUGCCUCCUUGCCUCUGGGCCCGGGGCUGCAGGGGCCAGAGCGAGUGCGCCUCCCGCCCGCGGACCGCGGCUGCCCGGAGCAGAAACGGCUUACAAGAUACACAGAUCUUGGUAGACACUGUGGCUGCAGGCAGUUGAGCUGGAAUUCCCUGUGGCUCUCUGAGGGCAGGGUGUCUGCAGAGCGGUGGGCUGACCUGUUCCUGCACCUUGCAUCAUGCCAGCUUUGUCAACGGGAUCCGGGAGUGACACCGGUCUGUAUGAGCUGUUGGCUGCUCUGCCAGCCCAGCUGCAGCCACAUGUGGAUAGCCAGGAAGACCUGACCUUCCUCUGGGAUAUGUUUGGUGAAAAAAGCCUGCAUUCAUUGGUAAAGAUUCAUGAAAAACUACACUAUUAUGAGAAGCAGAGUCCAGUGCCCAUCCUCCAUGGUGCGGCAGCCUUGGCCGAUGACCUGGCCGAAGAGCUUCAGAACAAGCCAUUAAACAGUGAGAUCAGAGAGCUGUUGAAACUACUGUCAAAACCCAAUGUGAAGGCUUUGCUCUCUGUACAUGAUACUGUGGCUCAGAAGAAUUAUGAUCCUGUGUUACCUCCUAUGCCUGAAGAUAUUGAUGAUGAGGAAGACUCAGUAAAAAUAAUCCGUCUGGUCAAAAAUAGAGAACCACUGGGAGCUACGAUUAAGAAGGAUGAGCAGACUGGGGCGAUCAUUGUGGCCAGAAUCAUGAGAGGAGGAGCUGCAGAUAGAAGUGGUCUUAUUCAUGUUGGUGACGAACUUAGGGAAGUGAAUGGGAUACCAGUUAAGGAUAAAAGUCCUGAGGAAAUAAUACAGAUUUUGGCUCAGUCUCAGGGAGCAAUUACAUUUAAGAUUAUACCUGGCAUCAAAGAGGAGACACCAUCAAAAGAAGGCAAGAUGUUUAUCAAAGCCCUCUUUGACUAUAAUCCUAAUGAGGAUAAGGCAAUUCCAUGUAAGGAAGCUGGGCUUGCUUUCAAAAAGGGAGAUAUUCUUCAGAUUAUGAGCCAAGAUGAUGCAACUUGGUGGCAAGCGAAACACGAAGGUGACGCCAAUCCCAGGGCAGGCCUGAUCCCUUCAAAGCAUUUCCAGGAAAGGAGACUGGCUCUGAGACGACCAGAAAUAUUGGUUCAGCCCCUGAAAGUUUCCAACAGGAAGUCAUCUGGUUUUAGAAGAAGUUUUCGUCUUAGUAGAAAAGAUAAGAAAACAAAUAAAUCCAUGUAUGAAUGCAAGAAGAGUGAUCAGUACGACACAGCUGACGUACCCACGUACGAAGAAGUGACACCGUAUCGGCGACAAACGAAUGAGAAAUACAGACUCGUUGUCUUGGUUGGUCCUGUGGGAGUAGGGCUGAAUGAACUGAAACGAAAGCUGCUGAUCAGUGACACCCAGCACUAUGGCGUGACAGUGCCCCAUACUACCAGAGCAAAAAGAAGCCAGGAGAGUGAUGGUGUUGAAUACAUUUUCAUUUCCAAGCAUUUGUUUGAGACAGAUGUACAAAAUAACAAGUUUAUUGAAUAUGGAGAAUAUAAAAACAACUACUAUGGCACAAGUAUAGACUCAGUUCGGUCUGUCCUCGCUAAAAACAAAGUUUGUUUGUUGGAUGUUCAGCCUCAUACAGUGAAGCAUUUAAGGACACUAGAAUUUAAGCCCUAUGUGAUAUUUAUAAAGCCUCCAUCAAUAGAGCGUUUGAGAGAAACAAGAAAAAAUGCAAAGAUUAUCUCAAGCAGGGAUGACCAAAGUGCUGCAAAGCCCUUCACAGAAGAAGAUUUUCAAGAAAUGAUUAAAUCUGCACAGAUAAUGGAAAGUCAAUAUGGUCAUCUUUUUGACAAAAUCAUAAUAAAUGAUGACCUCACUGUGGCAUUCAAUGAGCUCAAAACAACUUUUGACAAAUUAGAGACAGAGACCCACUGGGUACCGGUGAGCUGGUUACAUUCAUAACUAAGAGAAAUUUCCAUAAUUUUCUUUUUUAUAGAGUGCAUGAUGAAAUCAAUUACUGUUUUGGUAGUAGGCUUUAAAAUCUAUAUCACUGUCAUAGAUGUACAAUUUUGGUUCAGGUUGAAUGCUGUUUGUUUGCAUCUUUUUACAGCCUUAUUUCAAAUCCCAUAUGUGAGUAUGAGAUCUGCAAUCAAAAUGUGCACAGUACUGUAUGCUUAGCAAAACCUCAAACCUUCUGGCUGUCUUUAAUACAGCUCUAUCUCCAAGAUGAGGCUGAGAUUUUCAGAGAGACCUAGGUAGAGGCUUAGUAGGUAUUGGAGUUCAGUGCUCCAGCUGGUCUCAGGUAUGGCUGCUGUUGUCAAGUUCGAAUGUUAGCCCUUGAAGGUAUCAAUUCAGUAGCCAUGAGCAGCUCCAGACAGACAGGACAGUUUUGCUGUUUCCAGUGGAUCAUCACAGAUUUAGCUGGGCUGGCAGUAAGGCAUCCUCCAAAAGUGCAGACUUUUUCUUACCUACUCGCGAUACAUUCACAGUGUGUGCAUUUUAAAAUCCUUCUUAAAGGAGUAACUGAAAUUUUACCUUGAGUGAAUGGCCUCCAUAGUAUAGCUUGAGAAGUCCUUUUGAGUACCUGUCAUGACUCAACAAAUAUUUAAUAAGGGAAAGUAGCCUUUUAACAGUUAUUAUAUAAGUAACUAAAAGCCUUUCCUUGUGGAAUUAAUAUUAGUACCAAUGGUAGAGUCUUGUGGCAAGAAAUGAUUACAAAGGAUAUUUUUAUUUGUAAAUCCUCAGAAGACAUUUAUGAAGUCAUCCAAAAUGGUAUUUUAGCUGUUUUUGGAUUUUCCCAAUAAAUUAGAAGAAGAAUUUCUAUUCUAAAACAUGUAAAACAUGUUUUACAUGUUACUUAUACAAUUAAAGAAAAACUAAAGAUUAUUUUUCAUAUAUGUGCAAUAGAUCACCCUCUCUUUAAGUUGCUCUAAGAUAUGUUUUAGAAAACUUUUCAUGUAAUGUUAAUUUAUUUAUUUGUCAUCAAAAUGAUUCUUAAUACUGUCCAGGCACCAUCCUAACCUUGCCAUUGUUAAAGAAGUUUAAGAAAGACUCUUACAUUGUAAAUAUUUAGAUGGGAGCUCUCACUUUUCUUUGAUACUACUGAUUUUCAGCAAGUGAAUUAUAUACUUCAAAAUGCUAGAAAUGACUGUACGUUCUAUAAGAGAACAUAUCCUGCCAUUCUUGCAUGCAGUGAAGCCCUGCCAGUCGAAAAUCAUUGCAUUUGUGACUUUUCAAAGAGAAAAAAAAAUGUUAUUUUUUGUUGAUUUGUAAAGAGAGUUUAAAUGUCAUGUUAAAAAAAAUAGAAUGUAGAAAAAUUUUAUAUAUUUAUGAAAUAUUUGAAAGGCAUAUUUUUUUAAAUAUCAAAUGGGGCUAUUCAUAAAAUAAGUUGAUUGUAUGUCAAGA